CGAAAGUUUCAGUGCAUCAAGCGACGACUACUUCGGUGAACUGUCGACUUUACAUCAUGAGGCUGAGGCUCGUCGUGCAAAAUUAGAAUUCGAACGCAGUCGGGUUUUGAUUUUAGAUGGAGCGCUUCACGACCAGUACCAAGAUGAGCUGCAUGCGCUUCACGACGAGUAUCAAGAUAGACUAGAUGCGCUUCUCUACUACUCGCACCACCGUAAAGUGAUAG